AUGUCCGAGAAAGGUGACCACGCGAAGGAGCCUGAGCUCGGUCUUCCCUUUCGCGAGCCUACGACUACACAGCCACGCGAGACCGUUCGACCACAUCACACGCUAAGAACGGAAUUGGCUGCCUUCUUUGGAGAGUUCAUAGGCACUUUCAUGUUCCUCUCUCUCGCCUUCUCCGGCACGCAAAUCGCCCUAAAUGCGACCAGCAAUGCUCAAUUGAAACCGAGUGACAUCCCUGCUCCCGAUGUCGGGAAGCUGCUCUACAUCUCCUUUGCAUUUGGUGUCUCGCUUGCCAUCAACGUUGCAAUCUUUGCCGAUGUUAGCGGCGGAAAGUUCAAUCCGGCUGUAACCACGGCUCUAUUCAUCACUGGUCAGAUCCACUGGCAUCGCGCAGCCCAGACUAUCCUCGCCCAGCUCAUCGCUGGUAUGGCAGCCGCUGGCUUCGUCGAGGCUCUACUACCGGGCCCACUGAAUAUUGCAACCACUCUGGCGCCCUCCAUGAGCGUCACACGUGGCCUCUUCCUCGAGGCAUUUGUCACAUCUCAGUUGGUCUUGACCAUCCUGAUGCUGAAGGCCGGACCGUCGAAGCCCAUGUACAUUGGUUUUUCGCUAUUCAUCGCGCACAUUUGCAGUGUGUAUUUCACGGGUGCUAGCUUGAAUCCUGCAAGGAGCUUUGGACCAGCCGUAGUCAUUGGCUUUACUGGAUAUCAUUGGAUUUACUGGCUUGGCCCGCUUCUUGGGGCGGUAGUUGCAAGUGGCGCGUAUGCGUUGAUUGAGUACAUACGACAUGAGAGGGUGUAG